AUGGCCGCACAACCUAUUAGCCUGGAUACAUUCUUACAUUUUACAAGAAAUGUUGUCUGUGCAGUGAACCUGGGGGCACUGUUAUACGCUGCUACGAUGGGUGAGUCAGGCUGCAUGAGCACCAUCGUGUCCUGCAAGGAGCACAACCACAGUAAACAUGACAUUUACGACAUUUGCGAGACAAAUGAAGGUAGCGAGGUGAGCAUGAAAGCUCUAGCAACCCGACUUCCUUCAUCAUUUACGAGUCCUCUGAGUUUACGAAGAGACUCGUUUAUUACCCUUGAUAUCAAGGAAUUUUUCAGCGUUCUAACGCUGAACUUUGCCUUUUUCCCACGAAAAUUGAUGGUUUCCCAUGUUCAGGGUUUCAGGGUCUCUAGCCUUUUGUAG